AUGGCUUCUGAGGAUACUCGUCCUUUCUUGGACGAACAAAUGUCAUUGUCAUCUCGCCAAUCAACACAAAUUGGGUAUGAAAGAGACUCCAUUGAUGACCUCGAUCAAAUCGACAUCGAGAAGAUGCGUCAGAAGGAAGACCAUUACACAGUGCUUGAACGCGAUUAUCCACUUGGCGGUCUACUUGCUAUGUGCUCCUCGGUCAAAGAUGCCUCCAUGAAGUUCCGUCAAUACCUGUUAGCCAGGAAGAAUUAUAUCUAUUCUGCUCUGUUACUCUUCGCUGCUGGUCUCUUUAGCGUCUCACUAUUUGGAUUCCUCUCCAGUCGCAGUAAAGCGCUUCCGCCGGGACGGCUUUCGGGCUUCGAAUAUACAUCAACUGGUGUGCUUCUCUCCUGUGGAUCGAAUUUCGAAGAAGCGGAAGCAGCAGGAUGCACCUUCGACCUCAUGACAUUUGCUUGGACUCCACCCGCUUGCCUUGACGAAGAGGUCUACAAUGACGUUCUUUCCGAUUUUUCCGAGCUGGCACCAACACGUGGUGCCGGGACUUGGCCAUGGUGGCGAUACGAGAAUCGUACGGAGCCUCUAGAACAGAAUUCUGGCUUGAAAGACUACCAGGGUCCUUGGUCGAAUACGUAUUAUCAUCGCGCGCACUGCUUGUAUCUUUGGCGAAUCAUGCACAAGGCAGCAGGGAGAGUAGUCGCGGGUGAGAGAGAGGUUUACGUCUAUAGCAAGGCCGCGGAUUGGGAGCAUGUUGUUCACUGCAAUAAGUUGAUGAAUGAUAUAGACGGAAUGUUCUCAGACUAUGUCAGGGCAAUGAGAGUAAUAGGGCAUUGUGUCAGAGUAGAUGGGGUACCAGGGACAGAGAUAGUGUAUUAGUAGUUCCCAAGGACAAAU